AUGCCGCCCCGCGCCCCCUGGCUCUCAACCUUCCAAUCCCACCUCUCCACCUCCUCCACCACCGAAUUCAACAUCACAACCGUCGCGCUCGAUGCAAAGGGGCAAACCGUCCCGCGAAGCCGAACCUGCGGCUUCCGAGGCUGGUUCCCAAACCCAGAAUUACAUUCUAGCGCGCUCAAAUCCCUCGAGUCGCAGAACGAGCGCCCGAACCCGUCCGUGUACGAGAGCGAGAUGAUCUCGUUGACGACGGAUGUGCGGAUGGAGAAGGUCGGGCAGCUGGAGGGGUCGGGGAAUGUGGUUGAGGCGGUAUUCUGGUUGAAGGAUGUGGGCAAUCAGUGGCGGGUGAGAGGGGAGGCAUUUGUGAUUGGGGAUCCGGAUCCGGCGGGUGCGGAGCGGGAGGAGAAGGCCAGGGAGGAGAUUAGGAAGGGGUUGAGGGUUUGUGAGGGGUGUGAGGAGAAUGAGAAGGAAUGGAACUGGGAGAGGCAGGUGACGACGUAUUUUGCGAACCAUACGCCUGUCCUGAGAGGCUCGUUUAAGAAUCCUCCGCCUGGGACGCCGAGGUCGCAAGUACCCACUGAUCCCGAGCUGAAGCUUGGUCAGAAGCUGAAUGAUCUGCAUGAUCCUGUUGCUCGUCGGAAUUUUCGCGUGGUUGUCAUUCGGGCGAAUGAGGUUGAGCGGCUGGAUCUUUCAGACUACGAGAAGCCACAGCGGUGGAACUGGACCCUUGUUGGCGGGACUGGAGAUGAUGCUAGAUGGGAAGAAACGGAGCUAUGGCCAUAG